AUGAUUGACCACCUGUUAGGACGCCCGAGCCUCUCCUGGAAGCGCACACAAGUCUUUUUCGUCAUCUUCUUUUGGGUAUGGAGAAUCACAUAUGGGAACCCCGGAGGGCCGCGGGUUCUGUGGUUAAGGAGAUUGAAUAGGACUCUUCAGCGAUUCACUCCCUGGCAAAUCAUCGUUAGCACACUCACAGCUGUAUAUGCUAUUCGCAAUCUCGACAAGAUACUCGGCCUCGGAUCGCCCGAACCGCUUGCAAAUUUGUAUUCCCCAUCAUAUUAUAGAGCAACAUGGAUUGUCACAGGAUUAGAUGCGGGCUUUGCGACCGCCAUGAACAUUAGGCCUAAAUGGUUUCGUGAUCUCUGCUCCGUUUUAUUCUCGGUGUAUUAUAUCAUAUAUGCUCAGGAAGCAGACGAAAAGCUCCGACGAUUCCGAGCUGUACCCACUGUAGAAAUGCUCCGCACAACUUGGGAGAAGACCGGGAACCCCAUUUUGCGGGCGUUCACAUACUACCCACCUGUUACCAUCCGAAGAAAGAUACUUCUGCCUCGGCCUAAGGACUCGGCCUACCAGCGGCCCAUCACCGCCUGGUUGUUCUUCGCCGCACCAGAACACCAGCUUGCCCGUUCGACGGACCUUAUACUUGACUUCCCUGGAGGCGGCUUCAUCGCCAUGAACCCCCUUCAUCAUGAGGAAAGGCUGCGCAUGUGGGCCGUACGCACGGGCAAACCUGUGUUAUCUAUUGAUUACGGCAAGGCACCGGAAUAUCCGUAUCCAUGGGCGAUAGAAGAGGCUUUCGAUGCCUACCGUGUCCUCGCAGCCUCCAAUGGAAAGCUGAUAGGCAUGUCCGGUAGGAGGCUCCACAUCGUCAUGUCCGGCGAUUCUGCCGGUGCAACGAUGACUGUUAAUGUCAUGAUCAAGAUACUCGAGACGCAAGCGGCAGUGCCGCAUCCUCUCGCGAUCGUGCUGAAUUAUGCGGCGCUGGACUUCAAUUUCACGUCCUGGAUGUCCCCUGACAAUCUCCGCGUGCUGCGGUCAGAACAGUCCUCUGCUAAUCUGCGAGGCUUAGCCCAGUCGAAAGACCACCUCAGCCACGCCAGCCCGCUGUCGAUGGUCGGACCGCGCAAGAUCAGACGGCGGCGGAGCUGGCGAGAGACUAUCAGACAUCCGUUCGGCACCACGUCGACUGAGGUCUCUCCUGUGCGCGUCCGGCGCACGAAGACGCGGCCGGAGAUCCGCAGACGCGAAACGGGAGAACAGGAGCGGGGUACCCUCGCAGACUCUGAAGACGAGCCCGCGUCUAGGUCCGGAUCUUCUCGAACGCUAACCCAAACCGCCGAGGAGCCGGUCGCGGAUAGGGUUCGGUUCUUGCCCCUCAGCCAGUCCACGUUGGAGCAGCAGCAAAGGGAGACGCCACGCGCGCCGAACAAUGAGGUGCCCAGCGCUGGCGAGCCUUUAGGGACAAGGAUGACCAUGACGAGUCGCACAGGCUACUUCCAAGAUAGAAUCAUCACGCCCAGUAUGAUGCGUGCGAUGGCGCUGUUGUACAUUGGACCUUACCGCAACCCGGACUUCGCGACUGAUUAUCACAUCUCCCCUAUCUUGACCCCACGCAAUCUCCUGGCGCAGUUCCCUCCGCUGCUGAUGCAGUGCGGGGAGAAAGAUCCUUUUGUUGACGACACCGUCAUAUUCGCUGGCCGCGUUCGGGAAGCGAAGCGCGCGCGGAAGCGGGAACUGGAGCUCGCCGUGGCCGGCCAGAGCGCCAAGUUCGGCGAGGCGCUGCGCAUGAGCGCGUCGGCAUCGCCGGGGUCUGACGACUCUUUGCGGCAGAAGGCGCGUGAGCUCGAGCGGCUGAAGGAGGAAAGCGAGGAAGACUGGGUGCAGAUGCAGAUAUAUUCGGAUUGGAGCCAUGGGUAUCUGCAGAUGCCGAUGUUGCUGAAGGAGGCGCGGCUGGUCAUCGACGAUAUCGCGGAUUGGAUCGACGACGUGUUCGGGGCUCGGGGCGAUAGUGCGGCGGCCCUCGGUGCGGACGCCGCGAUGCUCUCAAGGGGUGCUGCGGACGUGGGGGCGGGACGUCGUCGGUCGCCGAGGGGCGAACGCGAUGCGCCACGGAGCUCGAAGCGGCAGACGUCGGAAUCGGAGGUGACGGAGAGCGAGGCGGACGAUCCUAUCAUGCUGGUGCCCAAGCGCAACGCGCGACCUUCGUUCGCGGGCUCGGACGAGACGGCGGUAGCGACGCGCAGCACGUUCGGACGAUCCGCGCGCGACUCGGACGAGACGCUGAGCAGCGACCGGACGUCUCCAUCCGGCGAGCUGGGGACGCCCGAAAGCGGCAAGGGUGGGCAGCACGGGGCGCACGUGGCCAGAUUGGGCGAGGGGAACGCUGCGACGGCCGGGAAGACCGGGCAGACGAUAUCGGAGGUGGAACUGAUGAGGCGGCGGCGGCUGUUGGACUCGCACAUUUUUGCGUCUGGGUAG